AUGUCUAUUGAACAUGCUAGAAAGCUCGUAGAGCAAAAGAAUUAUAGAGAGGCAGAAUCAGUUUACCUUUCCUUGUUAAAUGAUUCAAACAACCAAGAGAAGAAAUAUGCACAGUUACAGGAGCAAUGUAUCCUAGAGUUGGGUCAUUUAUAUGCAUUGGCAGGUGAGUCUAGAAAACUAGCGGAGUUUGUGCCAAAGUCUCGUGAAUUUAUGAUGCAGUUUGCGAAAUCUAAAACUGCUAAGGUGUUGAAAACAUUGAUUGAUGAAUUUGAAUUGAUUCCUGGCACGUUAGAUAUCCAAAUUGAGGUUUGCAAGGAGUCAAUUUUGUUUGCCCAGGCGGAAAAAAGGGUAUUUUUGAAGCAUUCUCUUUCUAUUAGAUUGGCGACGUUAUAUUACCAGAAAGGACAGUACCGUGACUCGUUGCUACUGAUAAAUGACUUGUUAAAGGAGUUCAAGAAGUUGGACGAUAAGUCUUCGCUAGUUGAUGUUCAUCUGCUAGAAUCUAAGGUAUAUCAUAAGUUAAGGAAUCUAGCACGGUCUAAGGCUGCGUUGACAAGUGCAAGGACAUCCGCAAAUUCCAUAUACUGCCCGACUUUGACUGUUGCAGAGCUGGACUUGACCAGUGGUAUCCUGCAUUGUGAGGAUAAAGAUUAUAAGACUGCAUUUUCUUACUUUUACGAGUCCUUUGAGGCGUUCCAUAACUCUACCGAUUCCACUGAAAAGGCGAGCCAAGUGUUGAAAUACAUGCUAUUGUCAAAAAUCAUGUUGAACUAUAUCAACGAAGCGAAUAUUAUUUUGAAUGCGAAAUAUGCAAAAGAAACCUACCAAUCCCGUGGCAUAGACGCCAUGAAAGCCAUUGCAGAAGCCUACUCCCAUAGAUCCCUUCUAGAAUUCAACACAGCGCUAAAGAACUACGAUAAAGAAUUGAUGGGCGACGAUCUCAUUAGGUCGCAUUUUAACGCAUUGUAUGAUACACUUUUGGAGUCCAACUUGUGUAAAAUUAUUGAACCAUUUGAGUGUGUGGAAGUGUCUCAUAUUUCUAAAAUGAUUGGAUUAGAUCCACAACAGGUUGAGGGUAAAUUAUCCCAAAUGAUUCUAGACAAGGUUUUCUACGGUGUUUUGGACCAAGGUAAUGGUUGGCUAUAUGUAUACCCAACUCCAGAGCAGGAUGCCACCUACGAUUCUUCCUUAGAGUUGGUUGGUAAACUGAACAAGGUUGUUGAGCAACUAUAUCAGAAAGCCAGUGUUCUAACGUGA